GUAAUAUUAUUUUAUAAUCAAACUACCAUAUACUCUUUGGAUAAAAUUGUUGAAGCUUUGGUUCCUUCAACCAUUCCCGGUGUUUACAAGCUUCCAUUGAAUACGCCUAUUCAUCUUGCAUUCCAUGAAUGGGGAGCAGGUCUUGUUCGUGUUAGUGAGCUUUGCGCUUGCAAAUGGAUCGAAAAAGAAGAUUCAGAGAUUUGCAUUUUGGAAAGACUCGAAAUUGCCUAGGGCUCAGAAGCAUUCCUCUUUCGGAACUUUAAGUCUUAGUCAAAAGGAUACAAAGGAGGUUGGCUGUCAGGCUACUUUAAAUAGCCUUCAGUAUAUGAACAAUCGUGCUGUUGACGAAAUCAAGCUUUUGACUAAACAUACAAUACAUGUUCCAGGAAAAGAGGACGACAUUCGUACCUUGCCUCUGACAAGAGAAACUGUUUCAAUUAUUGAGCAGAGCUUAAAAAAUGGCAUUAUCAGCAGAAAUGUCAGAACUGCUAUAUUACGUCAAGUUGAUGAGUGGAGCAAUGGUAUACGAAAGCCCAAUAUUGAUGCUGUUUACAACCAUUUAAGAAAGGUGUGUUUUAUAAAACAAUUAAUAAGUUGAUCCAGUAAACAUUGUCGCUUGACUAGAUGAAAGAAAAGUUGUAUCUGUUGUGAUGUAAGAGAGAAGAUAAAAACAAAGAAGUCGAUUAGAACUUGUAUAGGUUUAUUAUUCAAAAAUAUAUAUAUCUCGUUUUCUAGCUCUUCAUUCUCUAG